AGCGCACGCACAUGCCAGUGUUGGUACCGGGUAUUUUGCGUUUUGUGUCCGUGAAAGUUCGUUUAGCAUCACGCGUUUCAGCAAUGGCUGAAGUAAGUGGCGAGUGAUGGAGAGUCUUGAGACCCGAUGAGGAUUCUUUGGGUCAAUUUACACUAUGACAGCGUGCCAACUUUUCAGUCAAUGGCCCUGUUUAAGACAAGCCUAUGGGAUCCUAUCAGUCUGAUACAAUAGACAGCUUCACAGGUGGUAUAGUUUUAAGAAAUUACGUAAGCUCUACCAUGAAGAAGGGCUAAUAUAUUCAAACAUUUGCGUCAUGUUUAUUUUGCAGUCAGAAAGGAGUGUUAAUUGAUGACGGUAGUGAGUUAUAUUGAUUUGUAUUUGCACACCGCUGCCAGCGUGCGGUCCAUUUACAAUUUUUGGACAGAGGCACCAGUUGCUAGUUAGACAGUGGUGGUGGAAGGCUGUACGUGGAUAAUAAUUUACAGACCUUGAGGGUUCAAAUAUUGGUUUUGUCCAGCGUGAUAUAUGCCCGCUGGGCUUGAGUGACACGUGUGUUUCAAUAAAUUCUAACGUCGUUGGUUUGGUGUUUCCGAUGAAAUCUCACUCCCGCUGGUCUCAUGAAAUCUCACUCUGACUGGUUUGGUGUGUUUCUCAUGAAAUCUCACUCUGACUGGUUUGGUGUGUUUCUCAUGAAAUCUCACUCCCACUGGUUUGGUGUGUUUCUCAUGAAAUCUCACUCCCACUGGUUUGGUGUGUUUACCAUGAAAUCUCACUCCCGCUGGUUUGGUGUGUUUACCAUGAAAUCUCACUCUGACUGGUUUGGUGUGUUUCUCAUGAAAUCUCACUCCCACUGGUUUGGUGUGUUUCUCAUGAAAUCUCACUCCCACUGGUUUGGUGUGUUUUCCAUGAAAUCUCACUCUGACUGGUUUGGUGUGUUUACCAUGAAAUCUCACUCCCACUGGUUUGGUGUGUUUCCCAUGAAAUCUCACUCUGACUGGUUUGGUGUGUUUACCAUGAAAUCUCACUCCCACUGGUUUGGUGUGUUUCCCAUGAAAUCUCACUCCCACUGGUUUGGUGUGUUUCCCAUGAAAUCUCACUCCCACUGGUUUGGUGUGUUUCCCAUGAAAUCUCACUCUGACUGGUUUGGUGUGUUUCUCAUGAAAUCUCACUCCCACUGGUUUGGUGUGUUUACCAUGAAAUCUCACUCUGACUGGUUUGGUGUGUUUACCAUGAAAUCUCACUCCCGCUGGUUUGGUGUGUUUCUCAUGAAAUCUCACUCUGACUGGUUUGGUGUGUUUACCAUGAAAUCUCACUCCCGCUGGUUUGGUGUGUUUACCAUGAAAUCUCACUCCCACUGGUUUGGUGUGUUUACCAUGAAAUCUCACUCACACUGGUUAGGUGUGUUUCCCAUGAAAUCUCACUCACACUGGUUUGGUGUGUUUCCCAUGAAAUCUCACUCUGACUGGUUUGGUGUGUUUCUCAUGAAAUCUCACUCCAGCUGGUUUGAACCUCCUUUUUGCUUCACCAAAACAACCGUCCUGAACCUUUAACUUGCAUACGCGACUUAGACCUUGAUUUCUGCAACAGUUUAAAUUACAAUCGUAAACUGCCGGAGUUAAAUGCGUCGGUUUUAUUUUCAUUUUGCGCUUGUGCACUUCUACACAACACAUAAAUCGAUUACUUAAUUUUAUUAUUAUUGUUCACAGCAGAUACAUAACUUAAUUUACGACGAAGGGCCAUUGUCUGAAAUGUCGCCUAUUACAUUUUUUUCCUUUUAAGGCCACAGUGUUUUUGACGUGUUGAGUUUUCUCUCAAUCAUGCUUUUGCACCACUGCCAAAGCAGCUUCACGACGUAAUUUAUCUUUUGUGAAGGUUCCUCUAAAUUCUGAGACAUUCUUGAAAGUACAAUAGCAGUCGCAGACCUUGAUUUCUGGUUUUAAGUCUGAUCUGAAUUCAUGGGCUCUCGGUGAGAAUAUUUUUAUUUUAAUACAAUUCUGUUUUGUGUACUGAUGAAUGUGCUAUUGUUUUUAAUGAAUGAUGGCAUGUUGUACCUUUCAUGGACAUACCGUGAAGGAUGUUACGGUGUAUGUGUACUCGGCAUAUGUAAUGAUUAAUUGCCCACACCUUCUAUCACUGACACGGUUUGUUGAAUUGGUACCCAUUUUGGGAUCCGAUUCCAUUCAAGUUAAUGAAUAUUUUCAUCUCGUCCGUGCUGUUUUGUGGAGUCUCCUUUGCUCCACUGGCCUGAAUGUAACAUUCAACUCUUACAUGCACAAUUCACUGCAUACGUGUGUCCUGGGCAUAAUAGUGACUGAAAUUGAAGAAUCGAUGAGUCGCCCGGUGCCUAUUGUGUCAUAUUGGAUUGUGCAUUGUUGGACGCCUUAUCGUUGUGGAAACGGCUUGUUG